CUGCCUCCAGUGCCUGCCCGCCUGAGCCUCUCUCUCUCUCUCCCCCCUGACUGACAGCCUGCAAAAGAGAAAAAGCAAAAAUGUCUUUCACUGUGACCCAGAAGAGCUACCGCAGCAGUUCUGCUGCCCCGGUCCGCACCUUCAGCAGCCGCUCCUACACCCCGGGCCCGGCCAGCAGUGCCCGCAUCAGCAGCUCCUAUGCUUCCUCCAGCUACGGCGGGAGCGGGAGCCGCUUCGGAGGGGGCAGCGGGUUCGGAGGAGGCAGCUUCCGUGGGUCCUCCAUGGGAGCGGGCGGCAUGAUGGGGGGCAUCACGGCCGUCAGCGUGAACAAGAGCCUCCUGGCGCCCCUGAACCUGGAGAUCGACCCCAUGAUCCAGCAAGUGAGGACCAAGGAGAAGGAAGAGAUCAAGACCCUCAACAACAAGUUUGCCAACUUGAUCGACAAGGUUCGUUUCCUGGAGCAGCAAAACAAAAUGCUGGAGACCAAGUGGAGCCUCCUGCAGAACCAGAAGACCACCCGCAGCAACAUGGACAGCAUGUUCGAGGCCUACAUCAACAAUCUGCGCCGGCAGCUGGAUGGCCACGGCCAGGAGAGGGCGAAGCUGGAUGCCGAGCUGGCCAACAUGCAAGGGCUGGUGGAAGAAUUCAAGACGAAGUACGAGGAAGAAAUCAACCAUCGGACUGAGAAGGAGAACGAGUUCGUCGUCUUGAAAAAGGAUGUGGAUGAAGCUUACAUGAUCAAGAUCGAGUUGGAGACCCGCCUGGAGUGCUUGACGGACGAGAUCAACUUCUUGAGGCAGCUGUACGAUGAGGAACUGCGCGUGAUGCAGUCUCAGAUCAAUGACACCUCCGUCGUCCUGUCCAUGGACAACAACCGCAGCUUGGACCUGGAGGGCAUCAUCGCCGAGGUCAGAGCGCAGUACGAAGAGAUCGCCGCCAGGAGCCGAGCCGAGGCAGAGAGCACGUACCAGACCAAGUACGAAGAGCUCCAGACUGUGGCGGGCAGGCACGGGGAUGACCUCCGCAACACCAAGAACGAAAUCAAUGAGCUCAACAGGAUGAUUAGCCGGAUACAGUCUGAAAUCGACGGUCUGAAAGGCCAGCGUGCCAACCUGGAAGCGUCCAUUGCCGAGGCUGAGGAGCGCGGGGAGAUGGCCGUCAAGGAUGCCAGCGUCAAACUGGCGGAGCUGGAGGCCGCCCUCCAGAGGGCCAAGCAGGACAUGGCCCGGCAGCUACGGGAGUAUCAGGAGCUGAUGAACGUCAAGCUGGCCCUGGACAUCGAGAUCGCCACCUACAGGAAGCUGCUGGAAGGAGAGGAGAGCAGGCUGGAAACAGGGAUGCAGAACAUGAGCAUCCAGACCAAAACGACUGGCUACUCCGGCGGCCUUUCCAGUGGCUUCAGUAGCUACGGGGGUGGCUACAGCACUUCCUACUCGAGCGGCGGCUACUCCACCAAUUCGUUCCCUCUGGAGAGCUCGGUCACCACCAAGUCGAAGGCCAUCGUGAUCAAGAAGAUCGAGACCCGGGACGGGAAGCUGGUGUCCGAGUCCUCUGACGUGCUGUCCAACUGAGCCGUUACGGCAUGCCGCGUGGAGCGGGCCCUUUUCUGAAUGCCCUCACCCCCAAGUGCCUUCCCUGCUAUAGUCGAGCUGGUGGCCUCUAGGGGAAACGGGAGGGAGGCCAGAAGGGAAGGGGGGAGGAAACGCCUUCCUUCUCUUACCUGACUUUCCCUUAGAUGCCAGAUGUAGUUCCCAGUCUCUCUCUGUCUCUCCGUCUCUCUCUCUCUCCCCAUCCCUCCCAUAGAGAGAAAGUGAUCCGUGCCUUUGUUUCUCGUCCUCCCAAAAACUAGAGGAUUGGCCAAAUAUCAAGGAAUUUCUUAAAAACCCAGCUGGGACUGCUGUUGUGCCUUUCACUUAACUUUGCCUGCUGAUUUCUGAGACGCAGGGAGCGGCAGGCAAAGCUUUCCGCCAGUGUUCCCUCUAAGCUGAGUUAGUGUGAGCCAGCUCGCAGUUUUUCCGCCUCCGGCU